AUGUUUCGCUCACUCAUAGCUCUCGCCAGCGGGCGUCAGAAGUACAUUUUCCCCGAAGUUGACCCCAAACUCGAUGGCGAAGAUUGUCGCAGAGAGUGCAGUGACUGCACCGUGAAAUGUCCCAAAAAUGUCAAGAUCGACACUACACUCCCGAUGUACGGCUUCAUCAAAGAGUUCCACGCCCAUGUGCUUGUCGCAACUGGCAAGUCAGACUGGGCCAUGCGGAAGGUCGAGCAAGAGAGUGGGAGCCUGAUGGAAGCGUUCAAAAAUGGGAAAUCUAAACAUGGGCGCAUCAUGAUUUCUGCAUCCAACCUCAACCCACCCAAUGGCGAAAUCCCCGAGACCUCCAAGACAACCAUUCUCCUUCUGCCGUCAUUUAUCUUCGUUGACGAAGUUGCCUACGGUGAUGCCCAACACGUCGUCGAGACAUUUGUUGAUGUGCCUAUUGGCACUCCCGCGCAGUCUAUCAGCAGUCCGCGUCUGAAGUCCCGCCCUUGCUUCCAUGAUUACGUCGUUCUGCUCUGCUCGCAUAAACAUCGCGAUGCGCGCUGUGGAAUCACCGCCCCGUUGAUCAAAAAGGAAAUGGAGCGACACCUACGUGGACAUGAUCUUUACCGCGACAUGGAUGAUGAGCGCCCUGGAGGUGUGGGCAUUUACUUCGUCUCUCAUGUCGGUGGGCACAAGUUCUCGGCGAAUGUGCUUAUCUAUCGGAAGAAAGAGCAGCAGAUGAUCUGGCUGGCUAGGGUUAAGCCUGAGCACUGUGAGGGGAUUGUGAAGUACACCAUUCUGGAGGGGAAGGUUGUUCAUCCCGAGUCGCAGUUGCGAGGAGGUUUUGACCUAGCCAAGGGAUUGACCAGUUGGUAA